ACUCUCAGGACGAGACGGAACAUUUAGCAACGAAGGGGCGCAUUAUCCCAUUUCCACCAAGAGAGUGACAACACAUCGUAUUUACGCUCUCUCUCUCUCCUUAACUGAGAAAGCGAGAAGCCAAUGCCCAGCGACCGCGUCUAAACGGGAACCGCACCUCCAAAGCUUGCGCGUCGAGGACGACCAACAGCAGCUCCCGAGAGCAAGAACAGCCAACGGUUUUUAUUGUUGUUGUUGUUCUUGUUGUUGUCGCUGCUGCUGCUGCUGAAGGCCAACCAUGGCGGCGCGGGGGAAUUCUCUGCGCGACAAGCAGAUUGUUUCUAUCAAGAAGAUCCUCAACCUGAACGACUCUGUCGAACCAAGCGAGAACGACGACACCCCUUCCAAUGGCUUAUCGGCGCCCUCCGCGCCCAUAUCGAAGGAUGGGACUCCCGUCUGGAAGCUUCUUGUAUUCGAUGAUCUUGGUCGCGAUGUGAUUAGCCCGGUGCUCCAGGUGUCAGACCUUAGGUCGAUGGGUGUCACCAUGCACAUGCACAUUGGUUCCCAAAGAGCUGCCAUCCCCGAUGUCCCAGCGAUAUACCUGGUCGAGCCAACCCCCGCGAACCUACAAGCGAUUACGAACGAUCUCCAGAAAGGGCUUUACAGCGCAGCCCAUCUCAACUUCCUCUCCUCGAUACCCCGACCCCUGCUGGAGGACUUUGCGGCGCAAACAGCCACCGCAGGCACCUCGGAACAAAUCGCACAAGUUUACGACCAAUACCUCAACUUCAUCGUCACUGAGCCCGAUCUGUUUAGUCUUGGGAUGCAGAAGGAGCAUACCUACUGGGCAUUGAAUAGCGCAAAGACAAAAGAUGAGGAGCUGGACCGAGUCGUAGACCGGAUCGUCAGUGGGCUGUUCAGCGUUGUGGUGACCUCCGGAGUGAUACCCAUUAUUCGCUGCCCGAGAGGUGCUGCGGCCGAGAUGAUCGCAACCAAACUUGACCGAAAGCUUCGCGACCACGUCCUCAACUCCAAGGACAAUCUCUUUUCUUCACAGGCACGGUCCGCCCCUUCGGCCGGCGGGACCCCCACAUCAAGACCUGUACUCGUAAUCCUUGACCGCAACGUUGAUCUGAUACCCAUGCUUUCUCAUUCCUGGACAUACCAGAGCCUUUGUUUUGACAUUUUCAAGUCGGAGUUGAACCGCAUCACUAUCGAGACCCCUAUCGAUUCCAGCAACCCAGCGAAAGGGACCUCGAAGAAAACAUAUGACCUCGUCGCCAAUGACUUCUUCUGGGCCAAAAACGCGUGCUUGCCAUUCCCCCAGGUCGCCGAAGAUAUCGAUGCCGAACUCACCAAGUACAAGGAGGAGGCGGAGGCGAUUACAAAGAAGACGGGCGUCAGCGAUUUCGACGAUCUCCAAAAUGACACGAGCGCCAGCGCGCAGCAUCUGAAGGCGGCCAUUACUCUCCUCCCAGAACUCCGUGAACGGAAGGCAACACUUGAUAUGCACAUGAACAUUCUUGCGGCCGUCUUGGGAGAAAUUCAGAACCGCCAGCUAGACAACUACUUCCAGCUAGAGGAGACCGUCAUGAAGCAGACCAAGGCGCAGAUGCUCGAGCUGAUCAAGACGGAGGACAAGGGCCAGCCGGGGGACAAGCUACGUCUAUUUGUCAUCUGGUUCCUCAGCACGGAACAGGAUGUUUCGCGGCAAGAAUGGUCACAGUUCGAGGAGGCACUGGAGGCAGCCGGGUGCGACAAGACAAGCCUAGCGUAUAUCCGACAGGUCCGAGCAACGACCAAAAUGACACAACUCACCACCGUCACCAGCCAAGCGUCAGCAAAUCAGCAACAAUCCGGGUCCUCGGAUCUCUUCAACCGCUUCUCGGCCAUCUCGACCCGCCUGACAGACCGACUCAAGGAGACGGGUGUCCCGACAAAUGCGCUGACAUCCAACGUCGCCUCACUCCUCGGCGGGAUCAAGAACUUCCUACCCGCGGACAAGGACCUCACCGUGACCAAGAUUACGGAAUCGAUCAUGGACCCCUCAGGGGCAAGUUCGUCAGCGAUAGCCAAGACGGAAAACUAUCUCUACUUCGACCCUCGCAGCGCGAACGCGCGCGGGACGAUGCCUCAGCCGUCGGCGCUGCGGGCGGGGGCGGGCGGUGGUACAGCGCCGGGGGGUCUUCCCGGUUCGGUUCUUGGCGCGCAAACGGCCGGGACCGGGGCCAGCUUCGGCCAACGGAGACAGGGGUUCUCGGAGGCCAUGGUAUUUAUGGUCGGAGGCGGGUCUAUGGAUGAAUAUGGAAACCUGCAGGAAUGGGCGGCCCGCACGGCGGCAGGGGACCGGGUAACGAGGAGGGUCAUUUACGGCGCCAGCGAGCUGGUGAAUGCGGGCCAAUUUAUCAGCGAGGAGCUCGAUAAGCUUGGCAGGGAGAUGUCUUGAUAGACCCCGACGUUUUCGGCAGGGGACAAAUGCAGAGAAGUCAACUGGUUCUGUUCCGGCAUCUGUGACUAUUGAUCGUUGUCUUGGCCGCUGCGCAAGGACCCAGUGAGACCAGAAGAAUUUG